AUGGCAGCAAAAUUGUUGAUUCUUGCCUUAGCUGCUGUGGGUGUUUCUGCUCAUAGUAGCAUAGUACCCUUUGCCAGCUCCUAUAAUUCUCAUACCAUCAAUCAUGCUGUGGCUUAUCCUGCUGCUGCUGCAGCUGCGGUACCUGCUGUGCCAGCUUCUGUGGCCUUUGCCACCCCUGCUGUAGCUCCUGCUGCUGCUGUUCCUGUAGCUACACCACCUAAAGUUGGCUUUGCCGCAUCUGCCCUUCCUGCAGUGCCAGCCCCGGUGGCCUUUGGAACCCCUGCUGUGCCCAUAGCUACUCCACCAAAAGUUGGAUUUGCUGCACCUGCUAUACCUGCCGCCUCCGUAGCUUUUGCAGUACCUUCUAAGGUAGGCUUUGCUGCUGCACCCUUUCCUGGCAUACCAGCUGCCCCUGUGGCAUUUGCCACACCCUCUAACCUAGCAUUUGGUAGCAGCUACUAUGGUCAUUCUUAUGCUGUCCCUGCCGCUGUAGCUCCUGUUGGCAGUGUAUUUGCUGCUCCCUCGAAAGUAGCUUUUGCAGCACCCGUUGCCGCCACUGGAGCUGCCGCAGUACCUGUGGCUGCUCCCUCUAAGGUGGGAUUCGCAGCAGCUGCACCAGUCACCCCCGCCUUGGGUUCCCCAGCCCAUGUAGGCAAAUUUGGAGUUCCAGCCACCACCUCAUUUGCAGCUCCCGUUGCUAUUAAUACUCCAUAUUUCUUUUGA